UAAACGCCAUCAGGAUAUCUCCCCAUCCAUCCAUUCCAUUCCUUCCCUAUCACGGUUUUCCGCUUUCCAUUUAUAGGUUGUAUCAAGUCCGCUCCGUCGCCGUCGUUCUCAGUCUUUACGAGGGUGGCACAGUGAACGGACACUGACUGGAUAGUGGAUAUAUCAGUGCAUCGGAAAAGCUUGAACAAUAUAUCCUUUUUGUGCUCGGCUGGUGAUUAUCAGCUAACCGGAAAGGACUCGCGAGUGAACAUUUCAAUUAGUGAGGAGUCGUCGCGUCUUGUAGUAGUGAUUGAUUUCCGGAUUGGUUCCAGAACCAAAGCAACCUGGAAAAUCUACCUGAAGAAAAUCGCCUGAAGAAAGGAUCUUGGGAUUUUCCAAGAUGUCGUCGGUCGCAUUCAGUGAGCGCGCGUCGGCGCAGUAGUCGUUCCUCGCAUACGUGAAUCCUUGCUUCCUCUGGCCGCGACUGUCUGUCAUCGACACAUUGUUGACCCCCCGCUUCUGUCGUCGGUUCUGGGUGCGUAAAUAUUUAUUCUGCUGGCAUCAGGAGUGUUUUUCCGGCGAAAGGAAGAUAGAAAGAAAGAAAAGUUUUCUUUGUUUUGGAAGCGAGACCAACGUAAGGCUGAAACACGACAGGGUAUCUCGAGCUGUAUAGGUUCCAGUCGUUCCUGAUCCCGUAACAAGUGGCGACCCGCACCAAAAAAGGAUAUUCGUAUGACUUUGAUACUGAUUUUGCUAUUUUUGAAAAACAUUUGCAUAUUUUUUAACAAAUUGGUUCUGCGUUGUUACAACUCCUUCCUGAUUCAUCCGAACAACAAUCAUCUGGAGAACGGUGGCAAGCACGGAGGGAAUCGAUACCGAUCCCGAACGGUUGGCAAUCACAAGCUGUACUACAACGAUAAGGAUUUGUUGGUUCGACCGCGAAGAUCUCGGCGCAUUCGGAACGAACAAUUGCAGCAACAACAGCAGCAACAUCUGUUGGUCGAUAGGGAUAGCUACGGAAAGUACUACUGAGCGCCAUAUAUGGAGGAGCAACGCCUGGAAACGUGACUCACCUAGCUAGACUCCGUAGGAAAUAGUAAUUCAAUUACUUAAAACAAAAAAAUUGACUUCAGUUCAACUCUGAUUAACAUCUUAUCAGCUAGUUGAUCCAAACCACCCUCCACAUCUUCGAUUACCCACAUUUUAGCGUAAUUGAAUCCUUUAUUGUGAGAAGUUCGCUGACCCUCCACUCGCGUAGCAUAAAUCCAUCACAUCAACCGAGGGGGAGAAGGAAUAUAGAAAACCACUUGUCAUUACGCGAGCCAGGGUCGCCGCUUGGGGUGGUUGCAAUGGCUUAGGGAGCAUACGUAAGAAAUCCAACAAUCAAACCUAUCCCCAAUGACCAUUCAGGAUAACCGCAACAGUAACACCAGCACUCAAACGACCUCCCAAGAAUCUAUUUCGAGUUCGUCUGUCAACGCGACCAGUUCCGGAUCAAGUCAUGCUAGGCUAACGAUACGCGCCCCAGUUCUGUCCAGUAAUGGUUCCGGAAGUGCAAUUGCAGGAGGAUCGGCUGCCGGCACCGCUUCCAGCCAUCGUCCUGCGAUGGACAACGAACUAGCGGAAGUAGCUUCUUCAGCAGCGGCGUCGGCUGUCGAGGACAAUAAUAACCACUUCCGGGGGGAGAGGCCCCUGCAGAAUGGCUGCGAGGACAAGUGGAGCUGGAGCAAGCGGGACCGCUCGAAGGAGGUGUGGCUCAGCGGAACCAACAAUCGGACGGUGCAUUUCCAUCCGAAUUGGAGCAAGGGCACGGCCGGGAUUCGGGGCACCCGGGUACUCAACAAUGGACGCUAUUACUGGGAGCUAAGUGUGUCACAGCGGGUCUUCGGGACGAGUAUGAUGUUCGGCAUCGGAACCAAGAAGGCCCGGUUGCACGUGAAUGCCUUUACCAACCUGCUCGGCGAGGAUAAAAACGGAUGGGGUCUGUCGCACAAAGGACUGCUGUGGCACGAUGGUAUGGCCCGGAACUACACCAAACGGUUCAAGGAGAAUCAAGCCACCAAGAUUGGUAUUCUGUUCGAUGGAAUUGCCGGCACGUUAACGUACUACAAGGACGACGUAUGUCUGGGGAUUGCCUUCCGAGGGUUAAAUGAGAUCCGCGAACCUCUGUACCCGAUCGUUUGCUCGACGGCCGCCAAAACGGAAAUGGUGCUGACGGAUUCGCGUCGGGAUUUCGUGAACCUGCAGGAUCGCUGCCGGGCGAUCAUCAUCAAGCACGUCAAAACCCACGAGAAGCUGGAUCGACUGAAUCUUCCGCACUGUAUUACGAAUUAUUUGGCCGAUGCGCUGUCCGAUUGCAGCACCCCGGUGACGCCUCUGGAGCAGCACCUGAUAGAUUACUAUCUCUUUUAGUUGGUUUGGCGGUGCUGUAUUCUUCCCAAGAGGGGAGCAUUUUCUGUUGCAGUUUUAGCGCUAUUUUUCAAUGUUGUUAUUUUGAUAGGUAAAUUCUUAUUUAUUAUUGAUUAUUGUAUACUUAAUAACUUUUUUGUUGAUAUCAAAGCCGUACUCGAAGAAGGUGAAUCACUGUUUCGUCUUUCUAAACUAGUCUUUAGCUUAAGGUGACUUCAACAAGGAUAAGUAGUCUUUUCCGUUCAAAAUUGAAUGCUUGUCUGUAUCGAAACAUUCGUUGGAAGAUUUGUUACUCUUUAAUCGGUUCGAUGCAUCUAGUCACUAUGUAGACUGAAUGCGGAACGUGUUUUCAAAGCCUCUCUAAGCGAGGGGCUCAACGAGUGAAAUUCUAGUCAUAUUGCGAUUGCUGGAGAAACAGCGCGCAAAAAGCAAACACUUUGCUGUGUAGUGGAAACUGCUCUCUAGUCGUUAGUGUACUGACAUAAUGCAUUUCUGCACAUAACUUGCAUGUGAUUAUUGUAUUUAUAAAAAUAUAACUAUAUAAGAUGGGCUAUAUAAAAUUGUGUAUCUCAGUGUUAGAGUAAGGACAGUUUGCGGCAGUAAAAAAAGACAAAUUUAGACUCCAAUACGGUGCAGUGUGUAAAUUUAACAACUUAGUAAUAA